UCGUGUGUGGUGGAAUUUUGGCGAUUAUUUACGACAUCGUGUAAAGCGUAAGCGAUCAAACUCGCUUAGCAAACCUAGCAACAUUGGCGGAGACUGGAAGACAGGCAAUACAAUCUGAUUCAAAAUGAUGAACGAAGAAUCCUCGUCACCCGCUAGUAGUAAUGUGGUGGCACAGUUAUUUAAGAGAAUAGGACAGCUUUAUCAACUUCAGCUGGACAAAUGGACUCCACACACCAAGGUGCGGUGGGCUGCCUCACUGGGGUUGAUUGGACUAUUCCUGCUACGGGUGUUCACCAAACAGGGCUGGUAUAUAGUAACGUACGCCCUCGGCAUUUAUCACCUAAAUUUGUUCAUCGCGUUCCUAACGCCGAAAAUUGAUCCGGCUCUUGAUCUAGAUGACGACCAAGGUCCGGAGCUGCCAACAAAAGCGAACGAAGAGUUUCGGCCAUUCAUACGGCGGCUACCGGAAUUCAAAUUCUGGUACGCCAUCAGCAAAAGCACGGUGAUCGGGAUCACGUGCACUUUUUUCGACAUGUUCAACGUCCCGGUGUUUUGGCCAAUACUUGUGCUUUACUUCAUUACGCUUUUCUGCAUUACGAUGAAGCGACAAAUUAAGCAUAUGAUCAAAUAUCGAUACUUGCCAUUUACACACAGUAAGCCACGCUACCAGCCGGUGGCGACAGAAAAGUGACAAUUAAAAGCACAAACUCUACCAGCCUCGUUGUCCUCGUCCUCGUUGGCGUCGGCAUCCUCCGGUGGUGUACCGGUGCCUGUUGCCGGUCCUUCUACAGCCGCACCUUCAGUGCUUGCGGCCGUCCACCCAUCCGCGGUGGGAGGUAUGCCCGUGCCCUCGCCCGUACCGACGCCUGCCGCUUCGGUGACCACUGUCUAGGGAAUCGCGUGAAAGAAUGCAUCGAGCGACGUUCGUCAUGGGGCGAACAUAGUCCGCAGAACCACAAAUAGUAACGAGAAGGAAUAUCUCUCCUAUCCGCCGUCGCCAUCAUGAUCGAGUAACGAACCAAGCCAUGCGACUACUACCCAGCUGAAAAAUUGAUCCCGUUUUUAUCACAGCAUCGAGCCGGAUUAGACAUACCAGAUCAUUUCCAUUUCAUUUUAGAUGCCCAUCUUUGUGCAGCAACGAUGGGCUAUGAAAGGAUGAAGAAUGUUUUUCUUGUUUGAACGAAAUUUUACUGGAAUUUUAAAUCGUUCUUAACCAUUAUUUCCGUUUCCGAGUACUGAGCUUGUGUUCGAGCGCCGCUCCAAGAUUCUUUUCGAAAACCAACCGCGAUGAGGUAUUGCUAGAACAACAAUUAGAUCCCGCUGGUAUUGAUUUGUGCUUACGUCGUAGCAAAAAUGUUGAGUUAAAGUUUCGAGUGUAUCGUUUGUUUUCUUUUCAAGUUAACACACAUGCUUUCAGUUUUGUCUCCGAUUUACAUCCUAUCUACGCAAUCUGCUCCCGCUGAUAAUGUUAGGAAAAAAUUACAAAUUGUUUCGAUUCUUUUUAGUCAACCAUAACAAGUUCCUACCAGGUGCUUGAAUAUUUUUUUCCUGGCGUAAAACUACUUUUUGUGUGGGUUGAUGUACACUUUAUUCGGAUCGAUGAAGUGGUAGAAUGUAAAUCGAAUUACAAAACUAUAGUUUUCGUCGGAAAAUGAACAUAAUUACCAAAAAAGAAAAAAGGCAGUACAUUUAAAAAAUGGCAAACGAAGCAAAUGUGCAUCAUAAGGUAGUAAAAUUAUACGUUUAGUAAUGGGUUGUAACAUUUCCCUGUAAUUAUUGCUGGUUAUAAGCUAGAUUCAUUAUUAUUUUAAAGUCAUUUUUAAUGACAUCAUAGUAUUUCAUUUAUACGCCUUGUUCUAUUUGCCCUUGGCUUUCAGCAUAUAUAUUCUGUAUCAUUUACCAAAAAACCCUUUUUUUGAUAUUGUUUAUUCUAUAGUCUAUGAUUUCUUCCAUUUACCUAACCUAUACAACCAUCCAAUUUCUGCACUAUUGCUUAGUUAUUGUUCCGCCUUCCCAGUAUACACUAAAAGACAUUAUGCAUAGUUUUUGUUUCAUACUUAUAAGUUUGUAUCAACCCGAAUUAAGUCCAUUGAUCGAAUAAACAUGGGUUUACCGGUAACCAAGUAUCGCUCAACUGACGGAUGUUCCAUUGAACGAGAGCGUGCAUGUGCAUUCGCAAAUUAUUCAAAAAAUGCAUUCAUUCUGAGCAAUAUUAUAAAUCCUGAACUCUAAUCUCACAAUCAAAAGGGUGAAAAUGAAAAAUUUUUUGUCAGAAAGGAUUGAAACCUUAAUGUGUGUUAUUUUUGUAUAUUUUAUGGUAUUUCCUGGUUUGAAGGCGUGGUGGGUUACGCUCAGAGUUGCAUGGUUCUAUGGUUAGGCACUGAUAAGAGAAGAUAAAACUAGUUGCUAGGUACAAUCGCAAGCGUGAUGUUAGCAAAUGAAAGGGUUACUAUUUUACUGAUUUUCAUUAACGACGUAUGAUCCCCAAACCGUCUUUACACAAGAUUUUGUAAGCAAUCGUAGCCUCGUAGAUCGGAUCCGAAAAAAAGCAUGUUGUCGAUAUUCUGAGACUUUCCAUCGUGGCACACGGCGGUUUAAGGAAGGCAGAUUACACGUAUAACCAAAUAAUAAAAAGUAAUAAUGAAAACCCCCCCAUUACACACCGCGAGAGAGACAAAGAUACGGACUUUCGUUCAAAGGUUUAACAUGCCUUUUCGCAGAUAUUGUACAUGUUUAUUGUUCGCUUUGUUCCUCUCCGAAAAACCGUCGUACUUUUGUAACAAUUUCAUCCAGGGCUUUGACUGCAGGGCUGGUGGAAAAUUCGGUAAUAAAGUCCUUUCCUUCGUCACAACAUUUUGUCAGACGUGGAUCGAGGGGAAGCUGUCCAAGAUAGGGAACCUCCAUUUCCGUGCACAUCUGUUCGGCGCCACCGGUUCGAGCGGGAAAAAUUCUCGUCUCCGUGGUGCACUUUGGGCACACGAACCCAGUCAUAUUCUCGAUAACG